GCCAAUCUUAUGUCAUUUCGGGACGGUUCCAAAACUAAUCAAGAAUCAAGAUGUAAUUUUUAAGCUUGUUACUAAGGCGUGUCGAAAAUAAUAUUAUAUAUUUACCAAUUAUUUUAUUAAAUUUCACGAUAAAUAUUAUAUACAUUUAUUAACCUCAUUUUUAAAAGAAUAUAAUAUUAUUUACGCUUUAACACUAUUUAACAAAUUAAAACAAAUUUAAAUCAAUGACAAUUACUCGAAGUUUGUUUUGGUGUUCGGAACGUUAAUUUACGAAUGUUGAUUUUUAUGGAAAACUAACAUUAGGAUUAUUUAAAAUCAAAACAUGCUGAAGAUUUGUUAAAAAUGGUUGAUUCUAACAAUGAGACGCUUGAUUUGUCGAGGCGUGGGCUGAAGAAAAUAGAGAAAGCGCCUCCGGAAGAAUCCAAAGCUAUUAUAAAUUUAAUCCUUGACCAAAAUGAACUUCAGCGCCUGGAUAACAUCGAUUCCUACAAUCGAAUUGAAAACCUGUCAAUAUGCAACAAUUUUCUCGUCCGUAUGCAUGGAGUGUCCAGACUGACCAACAUUCGCACUCUUGCUCUAAACAACAAUGGCAUAUUGCAAAUAGAAGGGCUGAAAGACAUGCUAUAUUUGAAAGUGUUGAAGUUAGCUGGUAACAAUAUUAAGUCAAUAGAACAUCUGAACCACAACAUUCAUUUAGAACACUUGGAUCUAUCCAACAAUCAGAUAUCCUUCAUAGCUGAUAUAUCCUAUCUGAAAGAUUUGAAGCAUCUCAACUUGGAACGUAACCGUAUAAUGGACAUGCGGCAGUGUGAGCGCUACCUGCCCACUCAGCUAUCGCACCUGGGACUUGCUCACAACAAUAUCCAAGACCUGAACGAGGUCUCGCACCUGGUACAUCUGAGCCAGCUAGAUAGUUUCACUAUGCAAGGCAAUCCCUGUGUCGCAAUGGCUGGAAAGGAUAAGCUAGGCUUCGAUUACCGUCCCUUUGUUCUGAAUUGGAUAAUGAGCGUCAAAUCGAUUGACGGCUUCAUAGUAAGCGCUAUAGAGAGCCUGAAGGCGGAGUGGCUGUACAGCCAGGGCAAGGGCCGGCACUUCCACCCGGGGCAGCAGCGCGAGCUGUGCGAGUACCUCGCCGCCAGCUGCCCGCUCACGGCCGACGCGCUGGAGACGGAGGACCAGCGCAAGCUGCGCCUCAUCCUCAGCAAGGCUCAACAUCACCAACAACAGCUCAAAGAUCAGAACCACAGCCCGGUGAAGUCUAGAAUACAAUCGCCGAGGAUGCAGUCUCGGAUAUCGCAGCGCCACGUGGGGCGCUCGCCGGACCGCCUGAGCUCCAGCUUCCACGCCGCGCUCGCGCACAAGGGCUCGCCCUCACACGCCAUGUCCGCCUCGUGCUCCGGCGAGCUGCCGGCGCACCCGCCCGCCACCUUCGACAGCCCGCAGCACUCGGAGCGCACCCCUGUCUCGCAGCACUCGGAGCGCAUCCCUGUCUCGCAGCACUCGGAGCGCAUCCCUGUCUCGCAGCACUCGGAGCGUAUCCCAGGCCCGCACUCGGAGCGCAUCCCCGUCCCGCAGCACUCCGAGCGCCGCGCUGCAGAAUGUCAAACGAUACCACAGACUAAGCCUGUAAAUCAAUCUCUGGAAGCCGCUUCGAAAAUGGUCCCAGUACCGGAAUCCUUGAUGAGCCCCGACUACCAGGAUCCCAUCUACGACAUCCAAAAAACCAUACCAAAAUGUACCAAUUCUGCUAACAGCGUGUCAAACACCUCCUCGCAAUCCAGCAACAGCAGUAUCAAUGAGGAAAGGAGACCAUCGAUCAAUAAAAACUUUAAAGGUUCGCCAAAACUUACGAAAAGUGCGACCUCCUCCCCUAAGUUAAGGUCGAAAAUCGAACGAAAAGGUAGUCUCUCGAAGGUAGAGGUGAAAAACGAAAAGAGAAUGAAUGGAAUGAGUGAUAGGGAAGACAAUAUCGACCCUGAUAAGCUGGAAGUUAUAAAACUCGCGUCGAAUCAGAGGCGGCAGAAGAAGAUGAGUGUGGAGACGAUGGCGGCCGUCACUAUACAGAAGAUGUGGCGGGGUUAUAGGAGCAGGAACCUGAAUAAAGAUACCUUGAGGAUACUGCAUGCGAUUCAAGCUGCGCGAGCGAGACAGCACAUACAGCGUCUAACGUGCGAUAUGGAAGCGACGAAAGCAGCGUUAGAAAGCGAGAGGAAAAUACAGCAAUUGCAGAUGCAGGCGAUUAACGCGCUCUGGAAAAAAGUAUCCACCUUGCAGAGUACUGAUCCUAAGAACAGAGUGUCAGAGUCUGAAGAUAACUCGGAGGCUCUCCGGCACCUCACGGAGACGUGCGUGUCGCUACAAGCCCAGGUGUCGGAGCUGCAGGGCUGCGUGCGCGAGGUGCUGCGCGCCGUGAGCCGCACGCGCGCCCAGCCCGCCGCCACGCAGACCGACAUCAGCGCCGUGCUCACGCCGCAGGAGGAGCGCUGCGGCUGGCUGCGGCGCCCGCAGUCGCUGGCGCUGUCGGCGUCCGCCCCGCGAGCCGAGCGCACCGAUAAACCCACUGAAGUUGACAACCUAGACAUAGAACGCACGGAGUCCGUCAUAGAAGAGCCGAGCAUAGAGAACCACAACGAACGGGAAAUAAUUACCGACUGAUGCUAAUACACGCUUUAUUGCUUAAGCACCACGGUCCAGUGUCGCAUGCGUAGCUUUAACAAUACGACUUUAAUGUCACAAUGCCCACUCUAGCGCUAAAGCCGAGUUACUUAAAACUAUUUUUAUCCCUUUCUUUUAUACUAGAAAAACAAAAGAAGAAAGGGAUAGCGAUAGAUUUUUAGAAAACAUUUUAUAAAGAAAAAACGCAGUUAUACAACGAGCUUAUUUAUAUUUCACGCACUGCUGUUGAAAAACAAGAUAUUUCGGAAGUAAAUAUUUAGUUUAAUAAUAGCUAAAUUAUUUGAAAUUAUUAUUUAUCUGUGAUUUUAACACAAAAAGACGGAAAAAGACAAAAAUUUUAAAUUAUUUUUAUAUUUUUUUGAGAUUGAUAUUCGCGAGCAUGCGAAUAUUUCUUUCUUACUUAUCGAAGUGUUAAUAUUUAUCUUUAAAAGUUGCCAGUGUCGGAAUUAGUGUUAAGAAAAGUAAGUGUUUCGUAUCUAAUUUAUUUCUAUCUCACAAAACAGUUUUUUACAGUUUCCAAUUUUAGUUAAACUUCAUGACAUUAGGUUUAGUUAUUUAUUUUUUAUAUACAAUAAGUAAUAACCAAAAAGAAACAAACAUCUCAUUACGUUAUCACCUUAUAUUUUUAUCGAUAACUCAUAAAAAAAGAACGACACACACACUCGAAUGUUAGAAUAAUUUGUUUUAGUUUUUCACAAUAACACAAGAGUUCAUUUUGUAACUUAAUUAUAGCAUUUAAUAAAUUAAAACAAUUAAUUAAGUUUGAACCUUAUAGACAUAGAGAUUAAGUUGAAAUGUGAUUACUCUUUAACUAAAUAUGUAUUGUAAUAUUUGUACACACAUUCUUAAAAUCAUAGAACAAAUACGAAUCUGAUAUAAGUCUACAAUUCACAUGGAACAUUUUUUUAACAAAAAAUUAAAAAUAAUAAUUUUAAUUUAUUAUAGCCAGUAUAUAUUAACAUUCGGAAAUGGCUGUAGUCUAACGGAACAGUUUUUUUUAAUAGGCAAUUACUCAGAAACUAUCUUUAUACGUUUAAAUCAAAAAUCGCUAUUGCAAGAUAAUAAAAAGGAUAACUUUUUGAAGUCAUUGCGCAUAUUGAUUUUAGCCUAAUUUCUAAGCUUUUCGCAUAUUGAAAUGUUUAUUAUCUGUGGGUCGAGCUGAGCUAGCGAGCGACGCUUUGGUCUCAAUGCCCUUUACAAAAGUACAGAUCCGACUUUGCUUAUGAUUAAAACCUUUACUUUUUUAAAAAGCAUACAUGCAUUAGGGAUAAGGCUGUAAAUCGUAUCAUUUGAGAAAAGCAGCUUUUAUUGAGCAGCUGGUCGUUGCUGGAUCUAAUAUUCAUAAUAUAAUACUGACACUGCCACUAAACAUCUUUUAUAUAAAAACUUGGGAUUAUCCCAUAUGAAUAAUAAUAUUCGCGAUCAGCAAAGCAAUAUUCAUUUAACUAAAUAUUCUACCUAGAACUCCAUUGUUACUUACAUUUUUUUUCUCAACUGUACUGUUCUGUACUGUCUAUUCAGUUUGUUGAAAAUUCAAUGAAAAUUAUUUGAAAGUAAAUCAAAAUUAACUAAUUAGUCCCUAUUUAUCCCUGGGUCUAUAAAAUUUACGAAUACUCAAUAUAACAAAAUCUCAUGUUAUGAUAUCCAGCUCGAAGGAUCAAUGUUAACGUGGACUUAUUGAGCUUUCCGUGUAAAUAUACAAAGACUAAUUUUAACAACUUAUUUGUAAAAUAAGAUUUUAGAAAUCGACGAACUUAUUACUUUAGAUAUAUUUUAGUGUUGUUGAACCAAAUUAUGUUGAAACCAAGUUAUGUUGUUUCGUUUUGUCGAACAUUUUUAGAGUAGCUUUAAUAGGUUUUAUUAGAUUAUUUUUUAGUAUUAGAUAAUGUUUAUGAAUAUUUGUAAAAGUUAUGAAUGGUUAUGGGAGUCUUCAUCUGGAAAUAAAUAGUAUUGUAAUAUCAAUACUUCAACAUAAUGCUUGAAUAUAAUUUAAUAUGGCAACAUUUUUUACUAAAAUAAUUUCAAUUUGCUUAAAUGAUGUGUUAAUUUUUUUAGUUUUUCUUUUUUUUUUAAAUGUCAUUAGCUCGGCAGGAACAGUCUAAGGUACCACUUUCGUGUGAUAUAGAGAGGAAUUAAAUUAUUCUGCUCCAGAAGGCUCCCUUAUUAUUGUGUAAACAUUUGCUUUUUUUAUUUAUUUCUUAGUAUAAGUUAAUUUGGUGAAGUACAUGCCUUGUAUCGAAGCUUUAUAUUUUUUUGUCACUUUUUGAUUAGUUUUAAGGUGUUAAGGCACCGUAUCUUACUACGCUUGAAAAUUUUGUAUUAUUUUCUAUAUUCCGUUUGGAUCCACAAUUCAAUAAGCAAAUUCUAAACGGAUUAAUUAAAAAACUACGAUAUUUUUAAAACAAACAUUUAAAUUGCAAUAUUAAAUUAGUAAUUUACAAAUACAUAUCUGACAAUAAUUAUAAAAAAAAAAAUUGAAUUGAUCCAAACGGUAUUAAGUUUAACUGCUAUGUACAUUCUCCUAGUCAUUUUUAACGCAUAAUUUUCAUGUAUUUAGUAUAAUGCAAUAGAUGUGUAUUAACUACUCGUGACUACUCCGACUGCGAAAUGAUUUAGAUUUGUCGAAAAUGUAACAUAAUAAUUAUUUUUCUAUAAACACCGGUACAAAUGUAAAAAUCCGUCGAAUGACUGAGUCGAGUUGUGAAGCAAUAAAAAUUAGCGUCGCGGUCGGUUGUUAAUUAUACACUUUUAUGACUUUGCUUAUAAAUAUUGUUUACGAAGUGAUUUGUUAAACGAUGCUGUCUUCUUCCUUCGAAUGUCGAUUUAAUAAUGACAGAAAGAGAAAAAUAUGUGUUUAACUAAUUUUCUGCCAAACAGCGUUUAUAAGGAAGGCCUUUAAUAUUUACAAAAACUUAUUUAACACAACAUGCUAAAUACAGGCAUAUAUAUGUAUUUUCUUGUAAUGUAAUAUAUAAAUUCCUUUUAAGUUGAUCUUCAUUUUCAAACCACGUACAAUAAUUACAGGAAUUCCAACUGUGAACGGAUUGAUUCAUCGACUUAGUUUAACUUUUAAAUAAAGUUAUUUAUAAGUUGGGUGACUAUUGUUGCUUUAAAGUAUUUUUUAUCUGUAUAAAUACACAAUGCAAUCCAAGAAGUAAUUAUACAUUAAUACAUACGAUAUCCGAACAGUAUAUGCGAAUACUAUGUACUUUUAAAUAUUAUUGAACUUUAUCUAUUAUUGUGUGGGUCAAAUAAAGCUCAAUUGAAACCAGUUCCAAUCGGUUAAGGUUCUUAUUGCAGAUCUUAAGUAUCCAACCGAUUGCGCUGAAAUUUUGCACACUUGGUGUUGGUGACAAUAUUAUCUAGUAUAUAACGAUUUAUUCAUUUCAGUAACUGGAUCACAUAAAUGCUUGUCUUUUAUUACCAAAGAUCAGAACGAAUUGCUUUCAAAUGCUUGCUUAGCUUAUGAAGUACAAUUGUAAGGUGCACAAAAGUAUGUAAUUUAUUUUAUUUUAUUUAAAUGAACAGUGGUGUCUGUAAUCAUUGUUGAUUGUACGUGAUGUGUUGUAUUGUUAUCCUUCAUGCCCUGUGAUGUGUACAAUCUUGUUAUGACUUAAUAAUUACUUACAUCAUAUAACUUGAAUUAUUAUAUUGAUUAUUAAAAUUUAAAAAAAUUCAAACAUUGUUCAAUUCUUGAUAAUCAAAUAUAAUGAACUGCCAAUGGACAAUAUGUAUUAUUCGUUUCAACAGUAAUUAUAAAGUCAGUGUUCCAAACUUGCCGUCCUGUCCACUUCAAUUAAUGCGUUCCCACCUUUUUGUUGUCAUUACUUUAGAGCCUGUAUUUAUUGUGUUUUAUAAAACCAUUUUAAAAAUAAUAA